UGUCAAACUAUAGGAGGCCAAAAAGAAGCAUUUUAUCUUUGGUUUCAACAAAGUCGGACAUAUGGCCUUCACUUGAUUUGGUGAUUUGGUGACCCAAAAAAAAACUACUAUCUCACUAAAUGUUUAGUCUAACUGUUCUUCUACCUUUAAUACGGCAUGAUUCCUCCGUUUAACAUUUUAUUUAGUGCGAAGCAAAGACACUCAUGGGAUGUUGGACAACGAGUUUCAAAUUCGGACACCUGAAGGCGCACUCCAAGUUGUCAUUUUUCUUUACCAUGAUCCUAAUAUUCACCUAUUUAUUCUAUUGCCUCACUGGAUACUGCGAUUCCAUGCCGACUCCACUCUACGUCCAUCAGAGGUUUAGAAGCAAAAUGUUCCCGAAGGAAGGGAAGAAGCUUCAGCCGGAGGCGCACUUGAACGUCUCCAUCUUUCGCGAGCUCCCCGAGUCCGGCCAGCAGGACUUUAAUGCGACGGACGGGGAAGAUGAGAGACGGCAACGCGGGUUAGGCUAUGAAACCUUCAACAACCUGUCUGUUUCAAACAACUUUGGGACCAAAGAGUUUCCCCAGGCGAUUAUUAUCGGCGUGAAAAAGGGGGGAACGCGCGCGCUUCUGGAGUUCCUGCGCGUGCACCCCGAUGUGAGAGCCGUGGGCGCGGAGCCGCACUUCUUUGACAGGCUCUAUGACAAGGGUCUCCAGUGGUACAGGACUUUGAUGCCUCGUACUUUAGAAGGCCAGAUCACCAUGGAGAAGACACCCAGCUACUUCAUCACCCAUGAGACCCCUCAACGAGUCUUCUCCAUGAGCCGUGGCACCAAACUCAUCGUUGUCGUCCGAGACCCCGUGACCCGAGCCGUGUCGGACUACACUCAGACUUUGACCAAAAACCCUGGCCUGCCAUCUUUCCAGAACCUGGUCUUCAAGAAUUCCACCACCGGUCUCAUUGACACUUCCUGGAGUGCUGUUCGCAUCGGGAUCUACGCCAAACACUUGGAGAACUGGCUCCGGUAUUUCCCGCUCUCGCAGCUACUCUUUGUGAGCGGCGAGAAGCUUGUUACCGACCCUGCUGGUGAAAUGGGGAAGGUGCAGGAUUUUCUGGGUCUCAAACGGGUGGUGACCAAUAAGCACUUUUACUUCAACCAGACUAAAGGCUUCCCCUGCCUCAAAAAGCCGGAAGGGAGUAGCAGACCAAGAUGCUUGGGGAAGUCUAAAGGGAGACCUCAUCCAAACAUACCAGUGGAGGUGCUGCACAGACUCAGGGACUUCUACAGACCGUUUAACCUGAAAUUCUACCAGAUGACUGGGCAGGACUUUGGCUGGGACUGAUGAGUUGCAGAACCCUUUGGGAUAAUGCAAUAAGGCAUUGACUCCAGGCUUUGGAUGGGACCUCCAGCCUGAUUGUUAUUAUACUCACUGUGAAUUAACACACUUGGUUCAGUAAAUCAAGGGUUGGCUAGCUGGUGGCUUAAUUCAAUCAUGUGUUAGUUCAGGGAUAAAAUACAAACAUUCAAUCAGGGGCUUCCAGAGCCAAAUUUGGAACUUUACAAAAAUUGGAAUUUGAAUUGAACUGGAACUUUGAAUUGUAAUGACAGGAAGAGGAAUGUACGGAAAUACAAUUCACAGAAAUUAAACAGUUGGACAACAGAGGAAUUUGUCCAACCCAAUGUUUGUAACAAAAUGUACCAAAAAAUGACAUAAUACAUUUUGAAUAGUUAUGCCUAUUUAUUCCCUAUAAUGUCAAAAAGAUAAAAAAAGUUACUGAUAUGAUAUAUUUCUCUAAACUAUGUUCAUUAUUGUCCAAAAAAUUGAACACAGCCAUCAUACAAUUCUGACAUAAUGCUGGUUAAAAAUGCACAUUUCCAUUAAGGGGUUAUAUUUACCCGCUGGAUUUUCAUGGGCAUUUUAUACCUUUAUAAGGCAUUUUUAAAUACCAAAUAAAAAAUAUAACGGCUCAUCCUUUAAUGUCAAAUACUUCAAUUUAAUCAAUCUUUUAAUAUAAAAUUGUCAAUACGAAUAGUUAGAUUGAGAAUGUAUUACUACCUCUUACCCACCAAAUUAAUCAUCAACUCAUUCUUUAUUCUAUUAAAUGUAUAAUUAGUCCUAAAUAUAGGAAUUUAUUAUGCAAGCAUAUUUUGCAUCGUUAUUUUAAAUAUCUGGGGCAUUUUUGUCACUUGUGACAUUUCAAAUUCAGGAUUUUAAUAUGCAUUCACAGUUAAAUUCUGAAUGUCCCAAAACCCUGCUCCCUGCUCCGCACCCCUCAUUCAAAUGCAUUCAACACACCGCCAGUUUUUAACAUAGGCAUUUCUUAUGAUCAUGGAACCACAUUGAUGUGUCAGCUUGUGAAGAGGUCUUAUUGAUUUAAUAAGCCUUAGAUUUAUAUAUCUGUCUUUUUUUUUGUUUUGUUUUUUAAAGUUGGGUUCGUUGACAUUUUCCUCGUGUCCUCUUUCAUAAGAAAUGAUCUGAGAAUGAUCUAAAACAGAUUGAACAGAAUAUUCAUUGUGUGUACUCCAAACAUACAAUUCAAAUCACACAGAGCAGCCAAAUCUCAACAGUUCCUACAGUACAACACCUACUGAACAUAUUCCAGAAUACCCACUGCUUAAUCUGCCUCUUACUUCAGAGGCCCAUAACGGUAAAGCUGCCAAAAAGAGCAACAAGCUCGGAUGUUCUCAUUCAACCACUGUUAUAUACUGUAAUGGACACAAGGCACAAGAGAGACGAGGAGGGAAGCAACAGAAUAUAUGGAAAUGCUUGAUUGCAAACUGUUAUUAUAUUGUUUUGUUUUUAUUAUUAAAAGGAGACCCACCUAAGCACACACUUGCUUUCUAAAUGAAUGUUUUGCAGUAAAAAAGAAAAGAAAAAGAAAAUAUGGACUCUUUCUUUUAGGUUAUAGACCAUUCACUACAUUCAUUUGCCUUUGUUUUUUAUGACUGAUGGUUAUCCAAAUAAGCAUUCAUGUAAUUCUCCCGGAGAUGUACAGUUUCCAUAGUAAAGCUGAGCUAUGUAACCCUGUUUUCAUUUCAACAGGGAUGAAUACUGGACUGUGCAUUAUUGUU